AGAAGGCGGAGCAAGAACGAGCUGGGAGGCGGGGCUGAAAGUUCCUUCGCCUGGGCCGGGGAAGAAGCAGGUGAAUUGGGGGAAGGGGGCAGAAGCCCUGGGUAAUUUCCCACAUUGGCAGGAAUCUGAAUUAUCCCGGCCCCCGCUAUUGUCUGUCUUCACGGGAGGUCUCAGCAUGAAAGAGCAGCACUGGUGUGGCAUGACCGCUAGAAUGGGCUCCCUGUUGUCAGGGGUCUUCACCAUCACCGCUGUGGACUUGUACCUCAUCUUCGAACAGAAGUACUUAAGGAGAAACAAUUGCACUGAGCAUGCGUCACAGAUCAAGAGCGCAAGUAUCCUGAUAAAACUGUUCAUCAUCUGCUGGAGCCUGACUAUCGUCUUCUUCCUAUCUUUCAUCACCAUCCUCGUCAGCUGCUUGCUCCUCUACUCAGUGUACGCCCACGUGUACAGGGGCCUGGUAAUCUACAUUGUUUGGAUCUUUUUCUACGAGACGGUAAACAUUGUGGUACAAUGCCUUACCAAUGACGACUCUUCCGUUGGAGAGGUCAGAGUCAUGCGCUGGUUUGGUCUGGUGUCCCGUAUAUGCAUGCACUGUUUCUGGAUGUUCUUUGUCAUCACUUACGCCUACAUGAUCUACAAAAAUAAAAACCAGGGCAAUAUCAUCUCCUACAACAGACGUAUUUCCAGCAGCAGUGGAGACUUCCCACGGCGGAAAUCCAAAAUACUCAACUUUUCCCGCCGCUACAUACCACCUUAUUGAUCAAAAUGAAGAGAGGCAGGGAUGAAAUGAAGCUGAAUUGCAGUCUGGCAAUCCUUUGAUCUUGCUGUGUCUUCAUCAGCCUUCAAUCCACAGCUCUCUGACGUAACCCUACAGGCAAACCUGUAUUUAUAUCUCAGAUUGUUGUAGCAAAAAAUAUAUUGUUGGGGUCUUGAGGUGGUUUUUUGCUGUUUUUCUCUCCCUGUAUCAUCUAUACUAUAUUCCAGAUAAGUAAAAGAAUAAAAAUAGAGCCAAAUCAUACUUCAUUUUCUGUCUUGAUCCCUCCAUCCUCUCCCCCAAUAAACACU